CAGAGCCGGCUCUUCAUCGCUUCGCUUCCUGUCUCACUUUACAUGGCGCGACGUAGUCACGUGACUCCGUAUCUAUGGCAACAGCAAGCGUGUAAACAAGCAGAGUUCCCGUGGCAGGGAGCGGAGAACCGGGAAGAUGCCGAGAAUCCGGGGAAAGGCGGGGAGACCGAGGAAGGGGAAACGGAAGAAGACGGUUGGCAAAGCCUCGCUCCGCGCAGACAGGGAAUCUGAGGUAGAGAGAGCCAGGGCGAGCGCUGCGCUGUGGGAGGCCCGGCUGAGAGUCACAGAGUUCUCCCGGGUCGAGUACCGAGAAGCCGCCCGUAGUCUGGCCCAGAACAAUGAGGAGCUGGCGAGGACUCGGUACCGGUUGGAGAAAGACAUUGUGGACGUGGUCGGGUUCCUGAAGGAGAAAGACGUGGAGAAGGAUGAGCAGAUUGAGAAAUUACAGCAAGAACUUAAAACACAGAAGAAGUCGUCUGCAGAGGAGAAUCACGGAUUGGUUCAGAUGUACAGCCAGAAAGUGGCUGAUCUCCAAGAGAAAUGUUCUCAGAAAGAGAAUGAAAUCUGCGCCAUUAAAGCAGAGUUCAAAAAGAUGAAAGGAUUUCCAAAGCAGAAAGCAGAGCUGGAGAAGGAGUUGGAGGAGAUUAAGGAGACUCUGCAGAGGAGCAGUCGGGAUCAUGAAGCGGCCCUGAGGAGCCUGGAAAGGCGAUUUCUUGAAGAGAAGCAACAUCUGGAGCGAGAAGCAGAGAACAAGAUAAUGCAGCUGGCGCAGCAAGCCCACGAGGAGGCGGUCCGGCAGCUGGAUGAAGCAGGAAGAUCAGUGUUUAAGGAAAAUGUUCGUUUGAAGGAGUCGUUGUCGUACCAUAUGGCUGAAAUCAAGGCGUUAAAGAAAGCCCAAGAAAAGCUCCAGAGCGAGAACACACAAAUGCAGCUGGAAAAGGAAACCACUGAUUUAUUAGUCAAGGAAAAGGUCUUGCAAGCAGCCCAGACAAAGGCAAAGAUGCAGGAAUUGCAGCAGAAUGUGAAUCGCCUGGAAGGUUCCCUGGAGCGAAAGGCCCUGGAGGUGCAGGACACGGCGCAAAGCAAAGAACACGAGUCCGAGGAACAAGCAUGGAGGACGGAGCUGCAGAAGCUGCUGGAGAUGAAAGACCGCGAGCUAAACCGAGUGAAGAAGCUGGCCAGGAACAUCGUGGAGGAACGCACGGAGGUGGAGCGCUUCUUCUUGGAGGCCCUCGAACAGGUGAAGCAAGAAAUUGCAUCCAGCAGGAGCUAUUACCGCAAGGUGGCAAAAGCAGCUUUUCACGGCAAAAUGAUGCAGGCGGUUUCAGGAUCUUUGCAGUAUCCGAAGAUCAGAACCUUCCACAACAAGGAGCGCAGUACCAACGAUGUGGCCGGAGACCUCCAGGAGGCUGAGAAAUGGAGUCAAUUAGGGAGCCAGAAGGUGGACUUCGGUGACCUAACGUGGGAACAGAAAGAGCACGUUCUCCGGCUGCUGUUCGCAAAGAUGAAUGGCUUCCAAGAGAGAAAGAAGAAUCCCGAUCUAGGAACAUCAGCAGGAAAUCUUCCCAAAGUGAAAAGCGAAGAGGACCCCAGGAAAUCUGAGAAAACUGAAGCAUCCUUUGCCAUCUUUAUUACCCAGCAAGAUACAGAGCAGCCAUCACCCCGGCUUGUGCUCCCGAGCAUCAACAUAGGACGCUGCUCCCUCAUGGGCUGAGUUGGAGCAGCCCCACAGAGUAGCUCCACCCCCCGCUUAUAUUCUGAGAUGUACACUUAAUGGUGAUUGGAGGUGAUUUCUAUAGGAGGCUCGGCCGCUAAUCUUAUGAAACCAGCGUGAUCUCUGACCAAACUGAAACACAUUGAUUUUAAAAUAAAGCUUGUUUUGUCA